ACUGGACAUGAGUGGGAUGGGAUCAGAUCACAACAAUUCUUCCCAGGAAGAAUACAUCCCACACAAUCUCCAAAAGGAAGAUCCCUUUGCAUCAAAGCUUUCUAGAGAAGCUGACAUCAUAGCUGGCUUUUAUUUGACAAUAAUUGGGAUCCUUUCAACUCUGGGAAAUGGGUAUGUUAUUUUUAUGUCCUCAAAGCGAAAAAAGAAGCUGAGGCCUGCUGAGAUAAUGACUGUUAAUUUAGCAGUGUGUGAUCUGGGCAUUUCAGGCAAACCCUUCAGCAUCAUCUCCUUCUUUUCCCACCGCUGGAUUUUUGGGUGGAUAGGCUGCCGCUGGUACGGGUGGGCUGGUUUCUUCUUUGGCUGUGGGAGCCUCAUCACCAUGACAGCUGUCAGCCUGGACAGGUACCUGAAAAUCUGCCACUUGUCCUAUGGUACCUGGCUUAAGAGACAUCAUGCAUUUAUCUGCCUGGCAAUAAUCUGGGCCUAUGCUACGUUCUGGGCUACAGUGCCUUUUGCUGGGGUGGGGAGCUACGCCCCCGAGCCCUUCGGGACCUCCUGCACUCUGGACUGGUGGCUGGCACAGGCUUCAGUGGCUGGACAGGUUUUUGUUCUGAGCAUCCUUUUCUUCUGCCUCCUGUUCCCAACUGCGGUGAUUGUGUUUUCCUACGUCAAAAUAAUUUUAAAAGUCAAGUCAUCCACCAAAGAAGUUUCUCACUACGAUACCAGGAUUCAGAACAGCCACAUACUUGAAAUGAAGCUGACCAAGGUGGCAAUGUUGAUCUGCGCAGGGUUCCUCAUUGCCUGGAUCCCUUACGCCGUGGUCUCGGUCUGGUCAGCCUUCGGACGGCCAGACUCGGUCCCCAUCCACUUCUCAGUGAUACCAACGCUGCUUGCAAAGUCAGCAGCCAUGUACAACCCCAUCAUUUACCAGGUCAUCGACUGCAAGUUUGCCUGCUGCCGGCCGGGACGGCUGAGGGCCAAGAGCUCUUUGAAGAAAUCAAGGACAUACACGAUAUCUGCACAGGGGGACUCCACAGCCAUGAACGAAACCCAGCUGGAAGCUUGA